AAUCAAGUUGGUAAUAUAAGCAUUAUGUACCGUGCUAUAAGGUCGUUUUUUGAAUAUAAAUAUAAUUACAUGUAGUGUUUUUAAAAACUCAACGUUCAUUUUUGAUUUUUGGUUGCAACAUUUGCCAGAGUUUCGUUGCUGUGCUAUAUUGGACAUAAAAUUAUUGAAAAUAACAAGAAUGGCUUCUUUAAACAUUGAUUCACUUACCUCAGCUUUAGAAGGAACACGUGUUAGUGACAGCGGGGUUAGUUUUGCAGGAAAAUCAUUAAAAUUAAAUACUGAAGAUGAUGCAAAACAAGUAACUAACGAAAUUGAUAAUUGUUCGAAUCUGCAGUUUUUAAAUCUUGAAGGCAACACUUUAGGUGUUGAUGCUUCCAAAGAAAUUGCUAAAUCCUUAGAGAAGCAUCCUGAGUUCAAAAGAGCAUUAUGGAAAGAUAUGUUUACAGGCAGAAUGAAAUCGGAAAUCCCACAAGCUCUGCAAUAUUUAGGUAACGGUCUUGUAGCUGCAGGUGCAAAGUUAACUGAAUUAGAUCUUAGUGACAAUGCCUUUGGUCCCAUUGGCGUUGAAGGGCUAGCUUCUCUGCUUAGGAGUUCCUCUUGUUAUCAACUCGAAGAAUUGCGCCUAAAUAAUAAUGGUUUGGGUAUUACAGGUGGUAAAUUACUGGCUUCAGCCUUAACUGAUUGCUAUAAAUGUAGUAAAGAAAAGGGAAAGCCCUUGGCAUUGAGAGUUUUUAUUGCUGGACGAAAUCGACUUGAGAAUGAUGGUGCUAAGGCUCUUGCAGCUGUUUUCAAGAUGAUUGGAACAUUAGAAGAAAUAGCCAUGCCACAAAACGGUAUUUACCAUCCAGGGAUAUCAGCCUUAUCAGAAGCUUUUAUUGCCAAUGAAAAUCUUCAAAUUCUUAAUCUCAAUGACAACACUAUUGGUCCAAAAGGAGCCGAAGCAAUUGCGUCAGCCAUCGUCAACAAUCAACACUUGAAAGAAAUCAACUUUGGUGACUGCUUGCUGAAAACCAAAGGAACUUUAUUGUUGGCAGACGCUCUGAAAGAUACUCAUCUGAAUCUAGAAGAACUGAAUUUAGGUUUCAAUGAGAUGAAGAAAGAUGGCGGUUUAGAGAUAGUAGAUGCAAUGGCAAAUAAGAGUAAAUUAAAAAAUUUGAUACUCGAUGGAAAUCAAUUUGGAGAGGAAGGAAAAGAACUGAUAAAGAAAAAGUUAAAAGAGAUAGGAAAGUUUAAUGUCUUGGGAAGCCUCGACGAAAACGAAUCUGAGGAAUCUGAGGAUGAAGAAGAUGGCGAAGGUGUGGAAGAAGAGGAAGACGACGAUGAAGUAACUGAAGAGGGUGGCAGCGAAAAUGAUGAAUUCGAUGUUAAACAUUCAGACGAGGAAGUCUUUGCCGCUCCUUCACCAUUAAAAGUACAGUUUGGCGUCAAAGAGUUUCUGGAGACGCCUAGUGCUAAUAAUUACUUAGCUUUAGGACCAAAUAGGAUAGAAAUUAUAGUGAAAGAAGCAAAGAGUGGUGAUGAUAUUUCUGUAGAUGAGUACACAAGGACAAUAAUGAAAGUAUCAGCUUUGAGUAACAACACAAAACCUGAGGUAGCUGAAUCAUCAUUAGAGUGUGCUGAAAGAUUGUACAAAGAAUUGUUUAGUUGGGCACAAAAAUCAAACCAGCUGUCCAUAAUUAACAAUGCCAUUCUAGUCAAUCUAGGAUUGAUUAAGAGUGAAGAUAAAAAAUUCAAGCCCACUUGGAACUUGGAUGGUUGCCUAAACGUAUUGCGAUCGAUUGCUGGCAAAAAUUACAUUCCAGAAAGUACAAAAGACACCGUCAGAGUAUUUUUGAAGAGGGAUAUCGAAAACAAUAAGGAAUUUUUAACGGUUAAAAAAGACAUUCUGUCGACUUUAUCUAAGUGAAAUUGCUCUUUGUUUAAUUAAUUAUAUUUAUAAUUUUAUAAUUAGAC